AUGAUAUUAAACGCGGCUGGGCCUGCCUCCUCGCCCUCCAGCGAAGUUCCUGAUCUCCUCCUUCCGAGGAGGCGAUCAUCCAGGAGGUGCGAGCUGCGUAUCCUGAGGAUCAGUCUACACAGAGAAAUGGUGACCGGAGGACGGGAGAGCCUGAUGGUGACGGUGGCCGAGCACGAAGCCGUGCAGCCCGCCUUCCAGACAGCCGUCCAAAAACCUACAGAAUCCAUGCGACGCAUAGGAGGGCCACCAUUUCCCCACUGCAAGAUGAGCGGGACCCCCUGCAAAAGAUCCUCGUCUCCUCGCUCUAUGAGCCGGUCUCCUGGACGCUCUGCCAGCCGUUCGCCCGGACGCUCUCCAUCCCGCCGGCUGGACGACACCGACGAGGCUCAGCUGGAGAGACUCUACAAACCCGUGUUCGUCCUCAAACCUUCCUCCGUCAAAUGCUCCGAGGGGCAGACCGCCAGAUUUGACCUGAAGGUCGUCGGCAGACCGAUGCCCGACACAUUCUGGUUCCACAACGGACAACAAGUUGGAAAUGACUACACACACAAGAUAGUGGUUAAAGAGGACGGUAUCCAGUCCCUGAUCAUCGUCCCCGCCAUGCCACAGGACUCCGGAGAGUGGACCGUGAUCGCCCAGAACCGAGCCGGACGCACCUCCAUCGCUCUGACUCUCACUGUGGAAGCUCGUGAAAGUCUGACACGUCCUCAGUUUAUUGAUAAGCUGAAGAACCUCACAGUGAAGCAGGGCACUCUGGUGGAGCUGGCUGUCAAAGCCAUCGGAAACCCCCUGCCCGACAUCGUCUGGCUGAAGAACAGCGACAUCAUCUCCCCACAGAAGCACCCACAUAUCAAGAUUGAGGGAACUAAAGGACAGGCCAAAUUCCAGAUCCCAUCGUCCUCAGGCGCAGACAGCGCCUGGUACACAGCGACCGCUAUCAACAAGGCCGGCAGAGACACCACCCGCUGCAGGGUCAACGUGGAGGUGGACUUCGCCGCUCCUCAAGCCGAGAGGAGGCACAUUAUCACCAAAGGAACCUACAAAGCUAAGGAUAUCGCAGCGCCGGAACUGGAGCCCCUGCACCAGCGUUACGGCCAGGACCAGUGGGAGGAGGGCGACCUGUACGACAAAGAGAAGCAGCAGAAGCCUCAGUUCAAGAAGAAGCUGACCUCCAUCAGGAUGAAGCGCUCAAGUGCGGCUCACUUCGAGUGCCGGCUGACGCCCAUCGGAGACCCCACCAUGUUGGUGGAGUGGCUGCAUGACGGGAAACCCCUGGAGGCGGCCAACAGGCUGCGCAUGGUCAACGAGUUCGGAUACUGCAGUCUGGACUACGAAGAGGCGUACGCCAGAGACAGCGGCAUCGUCACCUGCAGAGCCACAAACAAGUACGGGGUGGACCAGACGUCCGCCACGCUGAUCGUGAAAGAAGAGAAAGGCCUGGUUGAGGAGACUCAGCUCCCCGAAGGCAGGAAGGGCGGACACCGGAUGGAAGAGUUUGAGCGCAUUGCUCACGAGGGCGGACCUGCAGGCGUCACCACUGACGACGAGUAUGAAAAAAGCAAACCUGAGAUCGUGCUUCUUCCUGAAGCCGCCAGAGCCUAUGAAGGCGAAAUUGCCCGAUUCCGCUGCAGAGUCACCGGUUACCCGUUACCAAAGGUCAACUGGUACCUCAACGGGCAACUCAUCCGCAAAAGCAAGAGAUACAGACUCAAGUACGAUGGUAUCUACUACCUGGAGAUCGUCGACGUGAAGUCCUACGACACCGGCGAGGUCAGGGUGGUUGCGGACAAUCCUCUCGGCACGACUGAGCACACGGUGAAGAUCGAGAUCCAACAGAAGGAGGACUUCAGAUCCGUGCUGCGCCGCGCUCCAGAACAGAAAGCUGCAGAGGCGGCUCAAGACCCCGGCAGAGUCGGGUUUGACGUGAUGAAAGUGGAUCAGACCAGCGAGUCAGCGCAGGAUCGGGAGGUGGUUAAACUGCGUAAGACCCAGAGAGUGGUUCACGAGAAGACUUCGGAGGAGACAGACGAACUGAAGAGCAAGUUCAAGCGCAGGACGGAGGAAGGGUUCUACGAGUCCAUCUCCGCCGUGGACCUCAAGUCCCGCAAGAGGGACGACUCCUACGAGGAUCUGCUGAAGAAGACUAAAGACGACCUGCUUCACAGACUGAAGGAGAAGGAAGAAGCAGAGAGGAAGUUAUUGGAGGAACAGGGACAAAUCACCAUCCCCACCUACAAGCCCGAGAGGGUCCAGCUCUCCCCGAGCAUGGAGGCACCGAAGAUCCUCGAACGCAUCACGAGCAAGACCGUCGCUCCGAUGGACGAGGUUCGCUUCACACUGAGAGUCGUCGGCAGACCGGAGCCCGAGGUCCAGUGGUUCAAGAACGGCGUCCUGGUGGAGAAGACGGAGCGUGUCUUCUGGUACUGGCCAGAGGACCACCUGUGUGAACUGGUGAUCAGAGACGUGACCGCAGAGGACUCCGCCAGCAUCAUGGUCAAAGCCGUGAACGUAGCCGGGGAGGCCUCCAGCCACGCCUUCCUGCUGGUGCAAGCCAAGGCAGUGGUGAGCUUCAUCCAGCAGCUGGAGGACACCAGCGCCAACGAGAAGGACACCAUAGUGACGUUCGAGUGUGAGACCAACGAGCCCUUCGUCAAAGUCAAAUGGCUGAAGAACAACAUGGAGAUCUUCCCCGGAGACAAGUACAGGACGCACUCUGACAGAAAGGUCCACUUCCUGUCGGUGCUGGUGAUCAGCAUGAAGGACGCCGCAGAAUACUCGUGUGUGGUUAUAGACGAGGAGAGCAUCAGGAGCAGCGCCCGGCUCCACGUAGAAGGUGCUGCCCUGGAGCUGAAAAAGCACCUGGAGAACAUCGAGGUGCCGGAGACCUACUCCGGAGACUUCGAGGUGGAGCUUUCUCGUGAAGACACUGAGGGCAGCUGGUUCUUCGGAGACAAGGAGAUCUCCCCCAGCAGCAAAUACGUCAUUUCCUCCCGCAGAGGACGCCAAUCCCUGUCCGUCAAAGACGUGAAGAAGACCGACCAGGGGAAAUACACCUUUGUGUGUGGAGAGCUGAAGACCAGCGCCUCCCUGAAGAUGAAGCUGCGCCCGGUCACCCUGCUGCAGCCGCUCAGCGACCUGACGGUGUGUGAGGGCGACAUCGCUCAGCUGGAGGUCCGCUUCUCCCAGGAGAACGUGGAGGGCAGCUGGAUGAAGAACGGGACAGCCAUCAUCGCCUCGGACCGGGUCCACAUCGUCAUCGACAAACAGAUCCACAAGCUGCUGCUGGAGAACGUGAGCCGCGAGGACGCCGCCUCGUACGCCUUCAUCGUGCCGGCUCAGGACAUCUCCACCUCCGGGAAGCUCAGCGUGCAGACGAUCGACAUCGUGAACCCGCUGAAGGACGUUUCCUCCGUCGAAGGCACCAAGGCGGUGCUGGAGGCGAAGAUCUCGGCACAGGACGUUCUCUCAGUGAAGUGGUACCUGAACGAGAAGCUGCUGACGGCCAGCGAUCGGCUGCAGAUGGUGUCGAAGGGAUCCAAGCAGAGGCUCGUCUUCAACCGGACCUUCGCCUCCGACGAGGGCCGAUACAAACUGGUGGUCGGGAAGGUGGACACCAGCUGCAGCCUCUCCGUAGAAAAGGUGCGUAUCGUGAAGCAGAUGGAGGAUAAGGUGUGCUCCGAGUCUCAGAACGUGACCUUCAGCGUGGAGGUUUCCCACGCCGGGAUCGACCCGCUCUGGAUCUUCAGGAACCAGCAGCUCAAAGCCGGACCCAAAUACAAGAUGGAGUCCAGCGGCAAGAUGCACUCUCUGACCGUCGUCAACACCAUGAAGGACGAAGAGGGAGCGUACAGCUUCCACGCCGGAGAGAAGACGUGCAGCGCCAAACUCACAGUCUCCG